GUGUUUGGAAGCAGCAGCAGCAGAAGUCUACCGUAUUCUGGAACAGGACACUUGUAGAGGACAUACGAAGGAGUCAACACAGACACAACCAAGCAUUGAAUAGUCUAGAUAUGUUUUCUCUGUCUUCUACAUUGCAACCACAGGUUACAGUUCAGCUGAGCCACCUCAUCAAUGCCUUCCAUUCCCUGAAGAGUUCGGUUAGUAACACACCAGGACGAAUUCAAAGAGAGCAUGUCAUAGAAUUAGAUCUACAGACCACGGAGCUUCAGACUGUGUGGGCCCCAAAUGAUCUGGGUUUGACAGACCUAGGUGCUGGGCAACUUGAGGAACUGGUGGAUAGGUUGUUGCCCAGCAUUGUCCAGCAGGGCGCACUGUCUCCUCCAAGCCCAGCGAAAAGCCCAUGGAAAACCUCCCAUUGCUCAGCAGAGUCGUUCUUUCACAACAAACAUGGGUUUUCUGGCCGACAUAUUCCUGGUGGAGCUUCCCCAAUCUUGUGCAGACAAAGUCACUCUCCGCUCCAGUCUUUAAGUGAAGAUAUGCAGCUUUGGCCAUUAUGGCACCAGAGUCGUGGCUUUAAGACCUUGAAGUCCAAAACGAGACGACUACAAGGUCUUGAGCGUCCAGUAGAACCCGAAGGCUUCACUCCAUCUUUUAUGAAGGGAUUUCUGACACGGGACAAGGGGCAAGAGGUGGAGACUCUGGACAAGCUGCUGAAAACAAAGAACAUUCCCACCGGACAACAUGAUGCUUUUAAGACCGGUUUUGCAGAAGGUUUCCUGAAAGCGCAAGCACUUUCUCAGCGCACACAAGAGGCAUUGAGACGAACUCGGCUGAUCCUUCUUGUACUCUUGUUGGUGGGCCUCUAUGGACUCUCCAAGACACCUUUUCUGUCAGUGCGAUUCCGAACCACAUCAGGCCUGGACUCAGCUGUGGACCCUGUUCAAAUGAAGAACGUGACCUUCGAGCACGUGAAAGGAGUGGAGGAGGCGAAGAACGAGCUGCAGGAGGUGGUGGAGUUCUUGAGGAGUCCACAGAAGUUCACCGUCCUCGGGGGGAAGCUGCCCAAAGGAAUUUUGCUGGUGGGGCCCCCAGGCACAGGGAAAACCCUGCUGGCUCGGGCUGUGGCGGGGGAGGCGGAUGUUCCCUUCUACUACGCCUCUGGAUCUGAGUUCGAUGAGAUGUUUGUGGGUGUCGGAGCCAGCCGCAUCAGGAACCUGUUUAGGGAGGCCAAGAACAAUGCCCCAUGUGUGAUCUUCAUCGAUGAGCUGGACAGUGUCGGGGGGAAGAGAAUCGAAUCACCCAUGCACCCCUACUCCAGGCAGACCAUCAACCAGCUCCUGGCCGAGAUGGACGGGUUUAAACCAAAUGAGGGUGUAAUAAUCAUUGGAGCGACCAACUUCCCAGAAGCUUUAGACACUGCCCUGAUAAGGCCAGGGCGUUUCGACAUGCAGGUCACUGUGCCUCGGCCAGACGUGAAGGGACGCACUGAGAUUCUGAAAUGGUACCUCAGGAAGAUCAAAGUCGAUGAAGCUGUGGAGGCGGAGGUCAUCGCCAGGGGAACGGUGGGGUUCUCGGGGGCAGAUCUGGAGAACCUGGUGAACCAGUCGGCUCUGAAGGCAGCUGUGGAUGGCAAAGACAUGGUCACCAUGAAGGAGCUGGAGUUCGCUAAGGACAAAAUCCUCAUGGGUCCAGAGAGGAGGAGUGCAGUGAUAGAUGAGAAGAACAAGCAGAUCACAGCCUACCAUGAGUCUGGACACGCCAUCGUAGCAUACUACACCAAAGAUGCCAUGCCCAUCAACAAGGCCACCAUCAUGCCGCGUGGACCCACAUUGGGCCAUGUGUCCAUGCUGCCGGAGAAUGACCGCUGGAGUGAGACUCGAUCCCAGUUGCUGGCCCAGAUGGACGUCAGCAUGGGGGGACGUGUGGCCGAGGAGCUCAUCUUUGGGGCAGAGAACAUCACCACGGGUGCAUCAAGUGACUUUGACAGUGCAACCAAGAUAGCGAGAAUGAUGGUGACCCGAUUUGGCAUGAGUGAAAAGCUGGGUGUCAUGACCUACGCAGACCAGACGAAGCAGAGUCCAGAAACGCAAGCAGCCAUUGAGAAGGAAGUCAGGGUGCUCCUAAGGGACUCUUAUGAGAGGGCCAAGGCACUUCUGAAGAGCCGGACCAAGGAGCAUAAGAACCUGGCUGAGGCUCUGCUCCAGUACGAGACCCUGGACGCCAAAGAGAUUCAGCUGGUCGUGGAAGGAAAGGCCUUGGAGACCAAAUAAGCUCCAAUGAGAGGUGGCUCAUUGAUGCAGGAGUCGUGAAUGUACUAGAGAACGAGAACUAGUCUCUCCUUGAUUUUUGCUCGCCCUUGUGUUCUGGCUACACCUCUUGUCACUUUGCUCCUUGCUCCUUGGCAGCACCAGAAGAGUCUGAGUGCUUCACUUGGAUGGAUAGAGCCUGGAAAAUAUCAGUCCGUUUAGUCUUAUUGCCAGGAGUUUCCUGUGACUACUUGUGCUGUGUCACUACCUGCUAUCCAUGCUGUUCCUCUGACCUGGACUAUUUCAGAUGUUCUUCGGCCAAAAGAAAGCUUGCACACGACGAGCCUGCAGAUCACAUGAAAAGGCCGGCAUCAUACAGUUUUUUUUAAUCAUGCCAUCUAUUGCAAUAUCUGUCAUUCUCCAGUCUCCACAUUUGCUGUUCAGUAUGUGUGUACUGUUAUUUUUAUUUUAAUGGGUGGCCUUUCAGAUAUGUGUAGGUGGAGAGAUUAGUCCAUUAAGAAGAGUUGCAAAGGAAUGCGUUCUAGCACUUUUGUUGAGGUGAAACUGUAAGUGCGUGUUUAAGUGGAUGAUUAUCGUUCUCUUGAACAUGUGGGAAAUGCUGCUUUUAUUGUAGGUCAGGUCUUCAGCAUCUGAAUGGCUCUGGGCGUCACUGCAUAUUUUGUGAAGAGUAUACCGUAGUAGUAGAUGGUAAAUGUACGCACAAAGAAACAGGACUUAUGACAGUAGAUCUUUUGGAAGAACUUAUGAUUGAUGAUUUUAUUGAAGACUCAGGGAUUUGACGAGUCAGAUGCCUAUUGAAGCUGUUGGUGGUAUAAAAUAAAUACCUUCUAGUUUCAUCAUGCAUAUCAGGGCUCUAAAUUAACACCAGCCAAUCGUCCAAAUGCUGGUAGUUUGGCUGGUUGAAAAGACCAACUUACUAGCCACUUUGAGCCAUUAGUGAGUGUUUGGCUAGUAAGAUUAACUUCUAUUAGCCAUAUUGGUCGGUGGUGAAAAGUUAAUUUACGGCCCUGAUUCAUAUCAAUGUGAGGGAAUAUUGGGCAGUUCAGGUGUUGCCACCUUUCAUUUAAUUUUCCAUUGAUCUACAAAAGCAGUCUGUAUCUUAUUAAGUAUGAUGUUUUCUUUUUCAACAAACUUUUUUUUUAAAUAACCAUCUUGCAUAAAUACUGGUAUGUUGGUUUGGUAACACUUUAGAAUAAGGUUCACAUGUUGACCACAAAUACAUGCUUAAUGACUGCUCAUUAUGAAUAUAUCAGUAAUAAAGGCCUUAUUGGCUUAUUGGAUGUGAACAAGAAAUUUGUGAAUACACGCCUAGCAAAUGAUUGACUUAACACAUGUCAAAUAAGUCAAUUAUACAAACAGUUAGGCAUGUAUGAGUGGCUAACAUAUAAGCCUUAAAAUAAAGUGUCAGUGUUGUUUUGUAUUUGCUCUGCCCUGGAUUGUAGAAAACAGUAAAAAGCCAUACUUAAGAACCUUAUCUUAGACUUACACACUUCCUAGAUUUCCUAGACUCAAGUUUGGACUAUUUGGCAUGUUGAACCCUCACAACAGAUGAUCUGUUAUGUUCAUUUAGUGCACAAUUCUUCCCAAGUUCCUGCAUCAUGCCCUUGUGUUUGCCUUGUACCCAUGCUUUGUCUUGUACACAUUGAAAGCACUUAAAUGGGAACAGUGUAUAUAGAUGUAUAGCGCGCGGUAAUUUAAGUUGGGUAGUUUAUUUUUGUUUUAUUUGUUUUUGUGCCCAAAGUUGUUGACAGAUUUGUCACACCUUAAGAAAAUAAAUAAAGUAUAUCUGAACUUCAA